UGGACGCACAUAUACGAAAUGUGAUAAGCACGUAUUUGUAUUGCUUACGAGGCGCCGCCGGAAAUUUCGGAAGGAGACGUUCUUCCGUGAGUCAACGACGUGCAGGUCAUCCACAGGCUGUGGAGAGUGCCAACAUGGUGGAUUUCGUUUUGUUCUGCUGUUGGCAGGAACGGCAGGCGUCGAGUAGAGGCGAAGAAAAAAAGAAGGCACCAAGUGAGGAAGAAGAAGCCAUGAAUAGCAAUCGAUUUCCUUCUUCAAAGGGGACAAUGGAUGAGAAUUUAGUAAAGAAAGGACGUGCUCGCCUUAAAGCUCGGAGGUUUUCGCGGCUUCAAGAAGUCCCGCGAGCGAUGUCAUCCCUUUCUCCCUGCAAUUCGAUCUCAAUGCUCACCUAUUCUUUCCGGCGGACGCACUGGAUGGUUGCUCCCCGAUGAAGCUCGGGGCAUUGCUCAAAUUGCCGAUUGGCGAUGCGCGCGCGAGUUGCCGAGGCGAAGACGGGGCAUGCCAAGGAAUGACCGGCCCGGACACGGACGCCGAUAUGGCUAAGAGGCGGUCAGAAGUGAUCGAGUGGCUCAACAGUUUGUUCCCCGGCCUCGACAUACCGGUCGACGCGUUGGAGGAGGAACUCAGAGCGCGGUUGCUCGACGGAGCUCUCUUGUGUGGCAUCCUCAAGAGGUUUAAUCCAGACUACUCGGGGGAGAUCAGGACGGAGAACCGUUCAGAAAACAUAAGGAAAUUUAUUGCUGCUGUUGAACAGGCGGGACUGCCCAGUUUCAAGGUUUCAGACUUAGAACAGGGACCAGCGUCUGCAGUAGUGUACUGCCUUUGGUCUCUUAAGGAUCACCUCACGUCCGACACCGGAGAAAACAGGGAUCUGAACUCUCCGGCGAGGAGCGUAGGUGAGGCAAGAAUAGUAAGGUGGAAAUCUCUGGAGAGCAGGAUUGACGCUCUAAGAGGGGAUACCACCUUAAACGGGCAAAGUUCUGCUAUCUUUGGAGAGGAGAGAAGACACAGCUUUCAUGACUCGAGGUUACAACGCCGCCUGCGAAGUCCCAUCAUGUCUGAGCCAUCAACUCCCCCAACUCAUCAUGUUGGGCAUAAAUUCCAUGAGGUUUUCCAGCUAAAACAAGGGCGUUAUUAUGAUCUUCCUGCGGCUAAGAUCUCGGAGAUGAUGAAAUCAAACAGUUUAGAUAAUGCCCCCACUCAGUCUCUUCUAAGCGUUGUAAACGGAAUUCUCGAGGAAAGUAUCGAGAGGAAAAAUGGAGAAAUACCUCAGCGAGUAGCAUGCUUGCUGAGAAAAGUUGUGCAAGAGAUCGAACGGCGUAUUUCAACUCAGGCAGAGCACAUACGAAAUCAAAACAAUCUCAUAAAAGCACGCGAGGAGAAGUACCAGUCGAGGAUUAGAGUGCUUGAAACGCUAGCCAAUGGUACACCUGAUGAAACACAGAUAGUUAUGAACCAGCUUCAGCUGCUUAAGACAGAGAAGCACAAGAUCGAAGAGAGAAGCAAAGUUGGUGAAGAAGACAUGGUUAAGCUGACGAAGGAGAAGGAAAAGAGUGACAAGAUAAUUUCAGAUCUUACCCAAGAGUUGGAAACCAUAAAAAGGACGUACGAAGAUCAGUUUCCGCAGAUGGAUACAAAAACAAAGGAAUACCAAAUUGAAAAGCUGGCCAAGGAGAAGGAAAAGAGUGACAAGAUAAUUUCAGAGCUUAAGCAAGAGUUGGAAACCACAAAAAGGACGUACGGAGAUCAGUUUCAGCAAAUGGAUACAAAGGCAAAGGAAUACCAAAUUGAAUUGGAGGAGAAGCUAAAGGAUGCCGAAUCCGUUUUGGCCGAAUCGCAGAGGAGAAUACAGGAGCUAGAGACAGAUUCAGAAUCCAAUUUUCAGAACUGGAACCAAAAGGAACAUGUUUUCCAAAGCUUCGUAGAUCUACAAAUGCAGUCGGUGCAGGAAUUGAGGUCGUCUUCCAACUCCAUCAAGAAAGAAGUUAAGGUUUCACAAAAGAGAUGGUUCGAAGAAUUGAACAGCUUUGGGCAACAGCUGAAGGUACUGACUGACGCAGUAGAGAACUACCAUGCCGUCCUCGCAGAAAACAGGAGAUUGUACAACGAGGUCCAGGAGCUAAAAGGAAAUAUUAGAGUUUACUGUCGGAUAAGGCCAUUCCUUCCUGGGGAGAAUAGAAAACAGUCCACCAUAGAUUACAUUGGUGAGAACGGUGAGCUUCUUGUUGUGAAUCCCUCCAAGCCCGGAAAAGAUGGACAGCGAAUGUUCAAGUUCAACAAGGUCUUCGGUUCAACCGCCACUCAAGAGCAAGUCUUCUUGGACACUCGGCCUUUAGUUCGAUCAGUUCUUGAUGGCUAUAAUGUAUGCAUUUUUGCAUAUGGUCAGACUGGAUCAGGAAAAACCUACACCAUGACUGGACCGGAAUCAGCAACCGAGAAGGAAUGGGGUGUCAAUUAUCGAGCUCUGAACGACCUCUUUCAGAUAUCUCUAAGUAGGAGAGACACAUAUCUGUAUGAAGUGGGUGUUCAGAUGGUUGAAAUAUACAAUGAGCAAGUGCGUGAUCUGCUCGGACAUGGCAGCUCACAGAAGAAGCUUGGAGUUCUGACUACAUCCCAGCCAAAUGGGCUUGCCGUCCCCGAUGCGAGUAUGCUUCCUGUCAAAGCUACUUCUGAUGUGCUGGACCUGAUGCAGAUAGGACAUGGAAACAGGGCUGUGAGUGCCACUACUCUCAAUGAAAGAAGUAGCCGGUCGCACAGCAUUCUGACAGUUCAUGUUCGAGGAACGGAUCUGAAAACUGGAACCACCUUGCGAGGCUCUCUUCAUCUGGUAGAUCUUGCUGGAAGUGAGAGAGUUGACCGUUCCGAGGUGACCGGAGAUAGGCUCAAGGAAGCGCAACACAUCAACAAAUCUCUGUCGGCUCUCGGAGAUGUCAUAUUUGCUCUGUCGCAAAAGACCGCUCAUGUGCCGUACAGAAACAGCAAACUAACUCAAGUACUGCAAAGUUCUUUGGGUGGACACGCCAAGACACUGAUGUUUGUACAGAUAAAUCCCGAUACAGGGUCUUUCUCCGAGAGUCUGAGUACCUUAAAGUUUGCUGAGAGGGUUUCCGGGGUGGAGCUGGGUGCUGCAAAGAGUCAAAAGGAAGGGAAAGAUAUCAGAGAUUUGAUGGAACAGGUGGCAUCACUUAAAGAUACUAUUGCAAGGAAAGAUGAGGAGAUUGAACAGCUCCAACAGACGAAAGACAUCAGAUCAAAACAUAGUAACAGCCCACUGAAGCAUUCAUCCUCCACGAAUUCAGUGGUAGGUCAAGAACGGAUGUCAUCUGUAGGAAGGGCAAUGGCUGCUAAUAAGGUGGGUGCAGAUCAUGAGAACUGGUCAGAGCACAGUGGCGAGGUUUCUGAAUCUGGUUCUCACCAGUCCGCAGAUGACAGAAGGCAGCAGAAGGAGCACAGCCAUCCAAAGCUCAGUGGAGAAGCAGCAGAGCAGAGUUCUGCGGACCCUGAGCUCUUGGGUUUCGGUGACGCAGACUCCGAGGAACGAUUGAGUGACAUAUCGGAUGGUGGCCUCUCCAUGGGAACCGAAACCGAUGGUUCGAUCGGCAGCCUCGUCGAGUAUAAUCUCUUCCCGGAACAAGCCAAAUCAUCAGAAACCACCAAAGCGCCUAAAACUCCGACGCGAGUGGCGGCGAAGGCAACGUCUUCGAGGACCGCCCAAGUGCCAGCGUCCCGAACAAGAUCAAGAGACAUGUUGAAGUCCCCAAGUCUAAAGAAAAGCACAAGUCAAGUGGCAAUCUCUUCAUCCAGGACCUCAAAGGUUGUAGGGAAAGCACAGGUCAAGUGAGAGAGCCCUGGUCGCAGCCUUCGUCGAAUCGCUGGCAGCGGAGCGAGUGGUGGCUCUCAACCUUCGUCAAUGCGUUUUGCUUGUACAAUUUUGCUAUAGCAGUUAUGAAUGGCGGUGAAGAAGCAACCUUGUCUUUGUUUAUAUAGAUUUCUCUGUAAUGGUGGAAGGGGUAUCUAUCACCUUCUAUUUGUUUAUAUUUGUGUUACUCUAUAGAUUUCUCUGUAACGGUGGAAGGGGUAUCAUAUUGAUGUUGUGCAUAUA